UGGUUGGCCUGGAGUUCACCGUGUAGACAAAGCUGGCCUCAGAUUUGCAGAGAUCUUCCUGUCUUUGCUGCUGAGUGUUGGGGUUUCAGAGUCACACCUGGAUCAGAAGCAUCUGUUGGUGAUUUCAGGGGCAGGGAGGAGGCAGAAAGGAAAGUUUUCACUUAAAUUCAGAGGACCAGUGUCUUCAUUAGAAAAGGAAGACAGACAGAGAGGGAGGGAGGGUCUGAGAGAUGGCUCAGAAGGUGAAAGGAUUCACCGCUGAGUCUGAUGACCUGAGUUUUGACUCCUGGGACCAACAUCUAGGACAGAGCCAACCUCCACAUUUGUGCAUGUACAAAGAAGAAAGCAAACAUUUGAAGAGGAUGGGAGGGAGGCUGAGCUGACAGGAAGACGAGUCCAGUUGCCCACACCUUCCUCAGCGGGCAAUCAGGUCAGCCCCGUGGGUAAAUACGAGGUUGGCUCUUGAGCUCUAUAAAGAAUUGUGAGUUGAAGAAGAUUUGAGGAUCAUUCCCAGCUGUAGUGGAGGCUAUGGAGGGAAUGGGAAGGCCAGGGCCAAGUGGUGCGUGUUGAUCUCUGGUGUGAGAGCCAGAGAGGUGUACCAGGCUGAGAGGACUGAGGGAGAAGUGAGUGCUGAUGGUGGCUACUGCACAGAGGUCAGAUAAAGUGGUCACUGAAGGACGCCCUUUGGACUUGGCACCAGGAAAGCCAUUGGUGACUAGUGAGAGCCAAAUUGGCCAAGAGCGAGCCCGGGCAUGUGAUUCAGCAGGUUAGUGAGGAGUGGAGGCCCGAGGGACACAGGCCACCUCUGCCUGCGGAGGGAACAGACGGUUUAAAGGUAGAAGCAGGAAAAGGCGAGGCACGGAGGGGAGAGAGGGUAACCCUUCCUAAUGCUGUUAAGUAAGAUGCCUAUGUCCUUCACCUCAUGUGAUUCGUGUGUACAUUUGGCACCUCACAGAAUCCUAAGAAAGGGUUAAACCACUGUUAAGGAAUCAAGCUCAGUCUUCUGCACCUCCCUCUGCCUGGCUGGACCCUCUUUGUGGAGGGAUUUCAUUUUGGAAGACAUGGAUCUUGCUGCUAAUGAGAUCAGCAUCUAUGACAAACUUGCAGAGACUGUUGAUUUGGUGAGACAGACAGGCCAUCAGUGUGGAAUGUCCGAGAAGGCAAUCGAAAAAUUUAUCAGACAGCUACUGGAAAAGAAUGAACCUCAAAGAGGACCACCCCAGUACCCUCUCCUCAUAGCCGUGUAUAAGGUCCUCCUAACUCUGGGAUUAAUCUUGUUCACUGCCUACUUUGUAAUUCAGCCUUUUAGCUCAUUAGCACCCGAGCCAGUGCUUUCUGGAGCUCACACCUGGCGCUCACUCAUUCAUCACAUUCGGCUGAUGUCCCUGCCCAUUACCAAGAAGUAUAUGCCAGAGAAUAAGGGCGUUCCUCCGCAAGGAAGAGAGGAGGACAAACCCUUCCCAGACUUUGAUCCCUGGUCAUCAUAUAAUUGUGAGCAGAAUGAAUCAGAGCCCAUCCCUGCCAACUGCACUGGCUGUGCGCAGAUAUUCCCCCUCAAGGUGACGCUCCCAGAAGACACUCCAGAGAACUUUGAGAGACUCCGCCCUCUGGUGAUCAAGACAGGACAGCCUCUGUCGUCUGCGGAGAUGCAGAGUUUCUCCUGUCAGUACCCUGAAGUCACAGAGGGCUUCACCGAGGGCUUUUUCACCAAGUGGUGGCGCUGCUUUCCUGAGAGGUGGUUCCCGUUUCCUUACCCAUGGAGAAGACCUCUAAACAGAUCACAGAUUUUACGGGAACUCUUCCCUGUUUUUACCCAACUUCCAUUUCCAAAAGACUCCUCCUUAAACAAGUGCUUCCUGGUCCAGCCGGAACCUGUGGUGGGUAGCAAGAUGCAUAAGGUGCAUGACCUGUUUACCCUUGGCAGCGGGGAAGCCAUGUUGCAGCUCAUUCCUCCCUUCCAGUGCCGAACACACUGUCAGUCCGUGGCCAUGCCGAUAGAGUCUGGAGAUAUUGGCUAUGCCGAUGCUGCCCACUGGAAGGUCUACAUCGUAGCCAGAGGAGUCCAGCCUUUGGUCAUCUGCGAUGGAACUACUCUCUCAGAGCCGUAGGAAACAACUGCUUGGAGACCUGGAACCCAGGCUGAAAAGAGUGGGGAGGGAGCUGGGAAUAAAAACCCUGAAACACU